AUGUCUCUCAGCAAAGUUAAACACAUUGUAUUGGUCCUAUCUGGCAAAGGUGGCGUAGGAAAGUCCUCAAUCACAACACAACUCGCUCUCUCCCUCUCGCUCGCAGGUCAUUCUGUUGGCAUCCUCGAUAUUGACCUUACUGGACCCUCAAUUCCCCGUCUCUUCGGCAUCGAGUCCGCCAAAGUUACACAAGCACCGGGAGGAUGGAUACCUGUUCCCGUUCACCCCGCCAACCCCGCAGCAGGUAUAGGCUCACUCUCUUGUAUGAGUUUGGGCUUCUUGCUUCGAGAGAGAGGAGACGCAGUAGUAUGGCGAGGACCUAAGAAAACUGCCAUGGUACGGCAAUUCUUGUCAGACGUGCUCUGGGGAGAAAUCGACUAUCUUCUGAUUGAUACCCCUCCUGGAACAUCAGACGAACACAUCUCGCUGGCGGAAACACUGAUGAAAAACGCACUUCCGGGGCAAGUUGCAGGGGCAGUAGUUGUAACAACACCCCAAGCUGUGGCGACGGCGGACGUCAAGAAGGAAUUAAACUUCUGCACAAAAACCGGAAUUAAUGUCAUCGGGGUUGUGGAGAACAUGAGUGGAUUUGUAUGUCCGAAUUGCUCAGAAUGCACAAACGUCUUCAGCGCUGGAGGAGGGAAAGUUAUGGCGCAAGAGUUCGGAGUCAGAUUCCUGGCAAGCGUGCCUAUCGAUCCUCAAUUUGUCAUGUUGGUUGAGACUGGACGGACACCGUUGUAUCCUGUGGGAACUGAGGUCAACGGCCAGAAUAUCGGCACCAGCAAGAAGGGACAAGACACAUCAUAUGUUAAGGAGCCUGGAAUAUUAAUUGAGAAGUAUAAGAUCUGCUCGUUAUAUUCGAUUUUUGAGCAAGUCACAAAAGAUGUGACAGCAGCUGUGGAACAGAGGGCAAUGGAAAGAACUUCUGCUUGA